AUGAAUUUAGACUUUACAUUUGAUUCUGAGCUAGCAGAAGUGCCAGGAUCUGUGAGCACUAAGGGCAUCAGCCUUCCAAGAUCACUGGUGAUGACAUCUGGAAGUAUGCAGAGCCCUAUUUCACCAUCAACAGAUGAUCUCAACUUGAAAAUUGCAUCUGUCAAGAAGGUCUGGGAAACCAUGGCACCUGUGCCAGAACAUGCUGAAGAUGUCACAAGUUCAGUUGCAUUUUCUACUGCUAGCUUCUCUGCUGUGGAUAGCGUUGCAGGACUUGAUCAUUCACCUGCAUUAGAGUCCUCGUUCACAACGAAGGAUUCCGCAACUGUUGGGAGUUGUGAGGAUCCUUCCCAAGAUGUUGGUGGAUACCAAGGAGGAUCUCCACUACAACAGGGAGCAGCUAUGGGCAGUGGAAUGGUCUAUACCUCUUCUGUUGCAGCAUACACAUCAUCAGCAGCAUAUACAUCAUCAGCUGCAGCAUCCUUAGCCAAAGCAGAAGUCAGCCGCUCUGGCAAUGUGUGCAAGGUAAAGCCGCAGCAACAAGCAGCAAGCAGUUCAGUGUCCCCAGGCCCAGGAGGAUCAUCCUUGGGGAUCCCUAGUGGGUCUUUGUCUCCUCCCCUGGCUUCAGGCUCAGCUGGGCCAUCCAAUAGCAGCAUCUAUCAAGCCUUGGGUGGGGGAGCUGCUACAUUUGGUGGCAUUGGUGGCACCAUUCCUUCACCUCCUAUGAUGUAUAAUUCAAACCAACAGCUGCCACAGACUGGUCUCUACCAGCCAUUUUUGGAUGGUGCUCCUGUGUUGGGACAGAGAGGAGCAUCACAGUUUUCACAAUAUCCACCUUAUGGUCUUGGCCAAGGUUUGGGAAGCAAUGCUUUUGGUCAGCAGUCCAUGUUCUUGCAAACACCACCACCACUCACAACACCAGCUGAUCUCUAUACCAACAACUUAUCACAAUACCGCUUACAGCCUGCUGGCUUUGGACAGACAGAAUUUGGUACCAUUGGGUCUAAGGCGGGGACACCAUUCCAGCAGAGUGGCCUAGGAACUGCUUUGCAAGGUGGUCCUCAGCCCUCGCAAUUGUAUAUAUAUGAUCCCAGUCAGCCCAUGGGUCUCUUAGGAUCCCAGCUGGUCCAGCGACCUGGUGUGCAGAAUUCUGUUAUUCAGACAAUACAGCAGCCAAGUUCUUUCUACUCAAAUAAUGGUGCUGGAGCCCCAGGAGGUCCACCCGCAGCACCUCCAGCAGGUCCUGGAGGCCCACAGCAGCCAGCAGGGUUCUACACUGCCUCUGGAUCUCCCCUUCAAGCAGCAGUGCAACAGCAAGCACAGCCACCUCUGCAAACUCCACCUGCAGCCUAUGGCCUACAAGGCUUUGGUAAUCAGUCUCAACCUGGACCAGCAGGUGUAGGAAUGCAGGGUUUUGGGUCUAGUAUGAGCCUUGCAGCUCAGCAACUGGGAGCUCAGCCAUUUCGAGGUGCUCCCACACUUCCUGCAAGCUUCCUCAAGUCGUUGCAACCUGGAGCCAACAUUCAGGAUACUGCCCGCCAGCAGCUCAAGUCCCCAGGAGCUGGGCAGAAUUCCUUCUCAUCAACAUUUUUCCCAACUUCAAGUGGUAUAUCCUCAUCUGUGAACAACAGCUGCAGCACCAGUAGUGCACAUACAGUGUCUGGAGUACCACAAAUAUCUUCACCCAAAACUCAGAGCAGAAAGAUGGCAUCUCAGCCUGGGUUGUCACACCAAAGCUCAAAUAGGAAUGCUUCAUAUACGUCACAGAAUACAACACAGAUGAUGGGUGGAAGUUUAAGGUCUUCAGGCAUGGUGAUGGGUCUGCGUGGCCAGUUGCCCAUGGGCACCCAAACCCUGAGUGGCCCAACUCCUGGAAUGGCCUCUAACUCGCGCUAUCCAAAUCCUGGCCCCAUUCAGCGGCCACCAGCAGCCCAGGGCUCUGGCAGCAGUGGCAGUCAUCGUGGUGGCCGUGGCCAGUCACAGGGCCAGCAGCAGCAGUCUCAGCAGAGGAGCUCCAACCCCCCCAGCUCAGCCCAACAGGCCAAGUUGAGGGCAGAUGCUUUGAGCACCACUCAGGCAUUCUUCAAUCGGGAAGCUGGAAAAUCAGAGAAGAAAGGAGAAGACAAGCAAGCAGAGUCAAUUUCAUCCACCAAGGAGGAGCUUUCAGUUGACAAGGUGUCAGCUACACCCUCCACAGCAGCUGAUGGCCAGCCAAAAUGAAGCCUCAUGUGAUUGCGGAGGCUUCUGUGAAAAACGAAGCGAGGCAUUUAGCUGUCCUAAAGUGCAGGUGGUAUUCAAUGGACCGUGUAUCAUGAUGGUGACGAAGUUUGAAUUUAUUUUUUCUUCCUUAUUUUAAAAGAUCAUGUUUUAAUUAUCCAUAAAGUUAUUCUUUCUUUUUUUUAUUACCAUUAUUUUUUCUUAAGACGAGAAAGUUCUUAUCUUUGGAAGAAGAUUUAUAUCAGUAAUGAAAAAAAAAAAAA